AGCCGCCCCAGACCAGUGGCACACUAUUAGGACCUUGCUGUGUGACCAGUCUUCUUUGACGCCAUUCUGGUUCAGUGUAACACUGCAUUGUCAAUAGAGGAGAAAUAUUCACAUAAAUAGGUUUUCCUGAUAGCUUAGUUCACCAGUAUGCCACAGAUUAAGAGACCAGCGGACGGCAUACCUGCUAGGUGUACGUGGUUUGACCGCAAGAAAUACGUCACAGUCAAUUUCAAUAUUCAGCACCCGCGGGAACUUCAGUGUGAAAUUACAGAAGACAAAGUAGUUUUAUGUUGCAAAGAUGCUGAUGACAACGUCAUCUACAAUGAAUUUUAUUUUUAUGACAAGAUCAUGAAAAAUGACUCCAGAGAGAGGCCGUACGACCGCACCGUCAACCUGCUGCUGAGGAAGUGGACGCCGGACGUGGCAUGGCCACGCCUCACCAAGGACCUUAACAGGCCCAGCUGGAUGGCAGUCGAUUUUGAUAACUGGAGAGACUGGGAGAAUGAAGAGGAAGAUGGCAGGGAAGAAUUUGAGCACUACGCAGAUAUGAUGCAUGAUCUCUCUAAAAAAGGGGCAGCACCCACCAUGGAUGAUCUUGAUUUUGAUGAUGACUGAAUCUGCUGCAUCUGCUCCAUAUUCAUCAUUACCACAAAUAUCAUUGGCUAUCUCUUAAAACCCACUGAAGCAGCUUUAACACUCAAUAACAAAAGAGUACAUCUAUGGCAAACUGGCCUUGACAUUUUUUAAUAUAGUCUUUUAAAUGAGCUGAAUGAAGGCUCCUCUUUGACAUUUGCAUGGCGUAUCAUUUUGUAUCUAUUCUCCUCCUGCAGGGAUUGGCUGACUAAGGAUGUAUGAUGAUUAUGAUGUUACUAACUUGUGAAUUAAGAUUUUUUUUUCUUUUUAAUUAAAAAAAUGUUGUAUGCUAUUUAUGGAAUGUUGUAAAUAAAUGUUACUUUAUUCUCUGUCAAA